UGUAAUUGGAAACUAAACUAUCAAAUAAGCACAUAAAAACGGCAAUCCAACGCCAAGCCUUUGAAUUUUCUUCCUCCAAGUCGGCUAUGCUUCGCCUUCGAGUCUUGGCGCUUCUCAUUGCAACCGCAGUUUUCGGCCGAGUGAACUCCCACACGGAGUCCGGGGAUUGGCACUGCGAUAAAGGCUCGGGGAUCCGUGUCCGGGCUCAAUUCAUACCCGGCAUCAUCACAGUCGACGGGAAAGUGGACGAUUGGAAGGACGUUGAAGGGUCGAAUUUCCCCCUCUUACCCGCCUUAGACCCGGAUGCUGAUAAAGAAUAUAGUGAGGGAAAAAUGACUCUCAAGGCAGUGCAUGACGGGAAAGAGGCCUACUUCAUGUUACAAGUUAAUGGAUACUAUAGAUAUACUCAAGGAGACAGCAGGAAAUGUCCAUCUGUUGCUCUAAUGUUCCAAAUUGGUGAAAAUGCAUCCUACCAUAAAAUGGGUGGCUGUGAACAAGGACCAGGUACUUGCACGAACAAGACUUGCCAUGGCCAUGAAGUAGACAUUAUGCACUUCUCAUUAGGCAAUGCUAUUCCAGGACGUCUCUAUGGCGGAAAUCCAAUUGACAACAGAGAAGGAUAUGGAGGUGACAGGUUUGGCCAUUUGGUAGAUGUGUAUGCUUGGAACCCACACUGUCGAUUCCUUGAUGGGAUGAGCCCCUCAGGUAAUGACACCACUGCACAGAAUGAUUGGCAAGGAUCAUGGUGGCACAGUAGCUUAACUGAUCACUCAGGCUUCAUAAAGGAUGACAGCCCAUAUGCAUCGGGGGGUGAUGGAACGGGAACUUACUAUUUUGAAUUUUCGAGGCCUCUGAGAACCAUGGAUCGUCUUCAACAGGAUGUUCAGUUCACAAUCGGGAAAUCUAGUAAGAUGUCGGCUGCAUUAUGGUAUCCGAUGUUCGGCAGACGAUGGCAUGGAUCUGCUCAUUAUUCCAUUAGCUGUGACUGGAUUCUUCUUGAUUUCAUAUCAGGCGGUUCUGAGCCCAACAAUGGAAGCCCAUGGAAUGUUGCCACUGCCUUUUCUCUCCUCUUUUCGGUGUUGGCUUUCUGCAUGACCGUUUUCAUUGUGCAUAGGCUUUCAAGAAUAAACAGGACUGGGAACUUCGUACCGAUGGACAAUCUGUAGGUUAACAUAAGAGCAACGAACACUCUUUAGGUUUACUCUACAUGCACACGAGUAGUGUAGCCGUUUUUGCUCUAGACUAGGCUUGGUUCUUGGCUGUGUUUUCUUUCCUUGUUUGAAAUUCACAUUUGAUCUGUUCAAUUGUUACGAAUGCUUUGUGGCUCGUUUCAGAAAACAACCACAAAUUGAUGAGGGCAAUAAGAUUUGGUCACGAGAUUGCUGUUUUUCCA